AAAACUUUGUGCAUUCAUAAGUGAUGCAUAUAAAAAAUCGGAGGGAAUAAUUUUCUUCAAGCUUAUAAGGUUAGGGCCGGGGGCAAGCAUUGGACAUCGCAAUAUUGGAUGGAAAUGGAGUUAGAAAUGGAAACAAUCUCAACCGAAAUUAUCAAACCAUCAACUCCUACACCUUCACAACUCAAAACAUUCAAGCUUUCUCUUCUUGAUCAAUUCUUCCAUUUCACUUAUGUACCCCAUGUCCUCUUCUAUAACCCUCCUCCUCCGCUCGAAAAUGGUACAAAAAAUGAUCAAAAAAUGACAUCAUAUUUAAAAGAUUCACUCUCUAAAACUCUCUCUUUAUUCUACCCUCUUGCUGGUAGGCUUACCAUGGACGAAUCAUCAAUCGAUUGCAACGACAAAGGAAUAUCCUUUGUCGAAACUCGAGUUCUCAAUUGCUCCCUCAGUACCUUCCUAGAGGCUUCCAACCGCGUUGAUUUGAUUGGUCGCUUCCUAUCUGAAACUAUAUAUGAUGAUCAAACAAUUGGCAAUAAUAAUAAUAAUAGGCAUGAAACGACGACGGUCACAGAACUUGUGCCACUAGCAAUACAAGUGAGUAUUUUCAAUUGUGGUGGGUUUGCUAUUGGUAGCCAAUGGCUUCACAAGGUCUGUGACGCGGUUUCAUGGGGAAAUUUCCUCAAGAAUUGGGCUGCCAUUGCGACAGGGCUAAAAGCGAAUGUCACAUCUUCCGAAUUUGCUACCGCCAUCUCUCUUUUUCCUCCGUGUGACUUGAUCCUACCCUCAGGAAUGAAGCCUAGAACACUUAAGCCUCCAGAUGACGCCCUUAAAACGGGUCGUGGUGGCUGCAUUGUCCGAUCAUUUUUGUUUACCCCUCAAGCAAUUAAUGCUUUACAAGCUCUGGCUAUAAGUGAACAUGUACCUAAUCCUACCCGCGUUGAGGUUGUGUCUGGAUUCAUUUGGAAGCAUGCCAUGGUGGCGGUGGCUACUACUGCUAAUGCUCCCUUGUGUAAUUCAGUUCCAUCUAUCUGUUCCUCAGCUAUCAGCCAUGCAGUAAACAUGCGCCCGCGCACCAAUCCCCCGCUAUCAUCAGCAUGCUUCGGAAAUUUGAUAAUUGAUGCUAUUGCACACUCUGAAGGCGAAAAUGAAGCUAGCCAAAGAAAUAUAGAGCUCCCAGACUUGGUUACUCGGAUCCGAAACGGGCUAGCACCGUUCAAGGAUGCGGAGUUUCUAAGCAAGUUUCAAGGAGAGGGAGGGGCUCAAGUUAUGGGUAAUUACAAGAAGAAAUUAAAGGAUCAAAAUGAUAGCAUAACAACAUAUAAGUUCACUAGUUGGAGUAAACUUGAUAUGAAACCAGAUUUUGGAUUCGGGUUGCCGGUUUGGGUCGCUUUUACCGGAGGUAGACUCAGCUCCUCAUUUAAGAAUCUCAUUCCUUUAAUAGAGACAUUAGAUCAUGGAAUUGAAGCAUGGCUAAUACUAGAUGAGCAACAAGGGUCUGUUUUGCAAUCUGACCCCGACUUUCUUCAAUUUGCUUCUCCUAUUUCAUGAUGUCAAAUAUAAUUUAUAGGCCUAUAAUUGGCUAUUUGCUUUAAUUUGAGAUUCAUCGUUAUUGUUACGACUUUUCAAUUUUCAGUUUUUUAUUUUUAAAGAACUACUGUACAAUAAACAAGCUAUCGGAAAUUGUAGUUUCUUACAGUUUUCAACAUCAUCUAUACAAGCACGAUAAAUCCAUAAAAUAACUUUUUAUCA